UUUCAACUUUUUUUUAAAUAAGGAAAGCUUAAAAGUAGUCUAUGCUUUACUGAAAUAGUAAAUGUAUGUAACCAGUGUAUCUGAAGUGUCAGUUUUUGAUUCAGCCAUAUACUGUACACUCAUCCACAAGGCAUGGAUAAAACACCUUACCUUGCAGUGCAAGAGUCUUGCAGUAAAUACAGCUUGUUAAUUUUAUUAAUGGUGCAUAUUAUGUGUUACAGAGGUGAUGACUGAACUUAUGAUAUUUGUGAUGCGCCAAUUUGCAAUACUAUAAAGCAAAUAUCCUGUUAAAUGUGUUUCAUUGUUGGUGAGGGUCAACUAUGCUGUUUUAUUGUAUGUGCUACCAGGUCAGCUGCUCAGACAUAGCUCAUUGUAGAAUACUUAUUAAUGCAGCUGCACGCGUGACACCUUUUAGUAAAAUUGCGUUUGAGCAGUGUGUUUCACCUUUAACAAAGGUCUUAUGAUUUCCGUGUUUUGUAAAUACAUAACACUUCACCUCAACAUUUACUGCAGGCUGUAAUUUAUUGUGCAGUAUCAACAGGUAGGUAGCGCCAUCUUAUUUUAUGCAAUAACACUCCUAUCCGCAGGGUGGCACAAUGGCUGCUUAGACCAAUGAGAAGAUCAACAGCAACAUUUCCUUCUGUAACAUACCAGGCCGUAUUGACGUCCAAAACUGAUCGGAGAGCAGCUGUCGUUGACGGUCAUCAGUAUUUAUUUCACGUUGUAAGAUUUAAACCUGGUCGUAGAUCAGCUGUGGUUCAAACACCCCCUCUGUUCAGGAAGACGAGCACCGGCGAGGAACCGCGAGAAUAAAAAUGUAGGUAACGUAGCAAUGUGAUAAACGACCAAGAGUGUUGCGUGUUAUUCACUAAUAAGCAGCAAACUUAUGAUCUGCCAUAACAUCUAACAAAUGCCACGAAAGAUACGUCAGAGGGUGAACAUCCAUGGUGCUAUCUCACCUCCCUCUCCCCUUUCUCCCCUUCUUGCUGCUCUCUCACAUCCUCUGCUCCUCUCUGUCACAAGUCUCCACCCAUGGAGCGGACCUCCCCCACAGCCCCCCACCCGCUGUGUCUGCAGCACCUCCCGUCCUGCAGAGGCAGCCCUUCGUCGUGGUGUGGAACAUACCCACGGCACGCUGUCAGAAACGCUACAAUGUUGAGCUGGACCUGGGAGACUUUGAUAUUGUGGAGAACAGACAGCAACGCUUCCAGGGACAGAAAAUGACCAUAUUUUACCGAGACCGCCUGGGGAAAUAUCCAUACCUCUCCCGAGAGGGCACCCGGGUGAACGGAGGGAUACCACAGCUUGGUGACCUGUCAGCUCACCUUUCCCUUGCUGCGACACAGAUGUCCUACUUGCUGCAGCCAAACUUCACCGGUUUAGCUGUUAUUGACUGGGAAGAGUGGUGGCCACUGUGGGAGAGGAACUUUGGAACCAAGAUGGCGUACCGGAGGCUGUCCAACCUGCUGGUGAGACAGGAGAGGCCAGAUUUGUCAGACAGGGACAUUACAUUGUUGGCAAGGCAAAAGUUUGAGGAGAGCGCUCGAAAGUUCAUGGAGGAGACACUGCAGUUGGCGGUCAGAGGUCAUCCAAAGGGACUCUGGGGGUUUUAUAGUUUUCCUGCCUGCUUAAACGAGCAUAAGAGAAAAACAGAUAAAAGCUACACGGGAUGCUGCAACAAGGGGACCAAAAGGAACAAUGACCGGCUGUCCUGGCUUUGGCGUCAGUCAACAGCUCUCUAUCCCAGUAUCUACCUGCCACAAAGGCUCGCAGGAUCCAUGGAUGCAGCGCUGAUGAUGAGACACAGGCUGCUGGAGGCUUUGAGGGUGGCAUCAGUUUGGCGCCAUAGCAACACCUCCAGCCAUGCCACACCAGUCCUUCCUUACGCCAGGAUUGCAUUCAUACACACCCUCACCUUUCUUAAUAAGACAGACCUGGAGCACACACUAGGGGAGAGUGCAGCGCUGGGAGCUGCUGGAGUGGUGCUGUGGGGAGAGCUGAAAUUUGCCAAAUCCAAGCAUCAGUGCAUCCUUCUCAGAGACUACAUACACGCUGUUCUGGGUCCUUACAUCCGCUCACUGAGGUCUCACACCGACCGCUGCAGCCUCCAACUUUGCCACAGCAACGGACGCUGCACCAGGCGACGCCGCGGCUCUGGUCAUAUGGUCUCCUCAGGUCCAGCUAUUACCGCCCACCCCAAUGAAAUCAGCCUCCUCACGUACUCCUCUACUAGCAAACCUUUUCACAACCACUUCAUGUGUCAGUGCUACCCAGGCUGGACUGGGCAGGAGUGUCAAGUAAAGGUGGACGAAAACGGACAGAAGAACAAAUGACCCAAACUUCAAGUGUUCAAAGUGUUCAUGGAGAACAAAGGACAUGUUUGUAGAUUUGAGGCCUCCUAACAUCA